AUGGACUGGAUCCGAAAUGUUUCAAGUAACGACUAUAGCGCCAUCCUCCUUUAUUCUCAGCAUGCAAAUCCCGAGACUCUGUCUAAAGCUGAGAUGAUGUCCGCCCUCUCAAUCCUCCCGCCUAACGUCCGCCUCCUGAUCGCUAACGAGGCCUGUUACUCUGGCAAAUGGGCUACCAUAGCCCCCGAGAUAGGAUCCCAGAGAGAUGUGCUCAUCGAGACUGCAGCUACAAUCAAUGAGAGGGCUUGGUCAUAUACAUCAGGAUCCGGCUGA